AUUCGACAAAAAAGAGUAAAAUACAUUGUUAUCCGUGGGAUUUUGAAUCAGAUCUGCGACGCGCAAGCCGGCAGGCACGGACAAUGAGUGCACGCGCGAAGCGAAGCGCGACGCGCGGCGGCCGGCGAUGCGCGGGCGGUCGCUUGUGAAGAGCACUCCGGAGUGCUCAUUAGCCGGUGCACCGCGAGCGCAACGCGUCACAGUGUGAGUGAGCAAUACCGAGACGAGUGGCGAGUGCUGUCAGGCGGGUGAUGCGGUGCUAUGCUGUCGGUGAGCAAGCCGGCAUCUCUGGUGCAGCAGAAGAAGCAGCAGUGGGCGAGAGAGAGAGAAGAGAUGUCCCAGCUUUAUCUACCGUGGGGUGCCGGGGAGAGAUACACAACUCGUCUACAAGUACGGAACCAAUUUGCGAGCUCACUUGAGUUACACAAGCAGUCUUCAUACGAAUAUCAAGAGCCGGUGCAACGACAGAGAAGCCCCAGCUUACCGCCGAUACAUCAAAUAGACGCCGGAAAACAAAUAAAAGAAGAUCGAAGGUACAAAGAGGUUUUAAAUCGUAAUAUUUCGAGUGCAAAAAGGUUUUCGUUUUACGACGAAGACGGCGAAGGAGACACUUCCGGCUACGGAAGUGAAACUGUGAAUCAUAUGAAUAUUAGAAAUCAAAAUGGAACCAGCGAUCGCAAUCCUGUUGUAGCAUGGCAACAAGAUGGUAAAGAAAACAGAAAACAAAACGUAAGUGUCCGUGGUGGGACAACAGCAAUUGAUAGCACGUGGUCAACGCGGAGCCCCGCGCCUGAGGAGGGCCGGCCGCGCUGGGGGGACCGCGGCGUCGCCACAGGCCGGCUCUGGGAGCCUACCGCGCCUACUGCGAGACUGCCACAGAUGCAAAUUCAAAAGAAGGGUACACCAUCAUGGGUGGAACGAGGAUUAAACAUGUUGGAUAACACAUCGGAUGUCCUUGUCGUCGACCAGAGAAGCUCAACUAACUCUGGAUUGGACUGUGAUAGAUCUUCCUGUAAUGGAAGCGAAGAAGGAAAAACUUUCCUCAGAGGUCAAAACGUACCUUUAGAACCAGAAGUACGAGCACAAAGGGAAAACAAGCGAACCAAAGCUUUAGAAUUACAGUCUGCUAUAUUAAAUCAAUUAGAAGAUCGUGAAAAAAGGCGUCAAGAAGAAAGAGAAAGACAAUUAAGAGAAGAUCGUUUAGAAGAAAUACGAAUAAAAAGACAACAAGAAGAGGAUAGACUAAAAAUGGAGGAAGAAAAAAGAAAACAUGAAGAAAAGCAAAUGAUGGAGCAACGCAAAUUAGACGCUCUUAAAAAGGCGCUCGAAGAUGCGGAAAGGAAAGCACGAAAUGAAAAGGAGAAAAAAUUUAAAUGUCAUAGACAAAUGUGUAAUUCAACAGAAAGCGUGUUUGAAGAUGAAAACCCAAAACUGUGUGAAAAUGUAACCGUAGAAAAACCCCAAAGAAAUGAUCUGAUAAGUCCUACCAAAAGUAGUAGAACGUAUGAUAUUCAUUCGCCUAAAAGUCAAAAGAAAGAUUGUAGCUCCCGACAAUCAACUGCAUUUAACUCACCUAGACCGAUGGGUGCUGGUAAUGUUAAUUUAUUUAUUCAUAAUAUACCUCCAAUCGCACUUGCAGAUAAUCAGUUCAAUAUCGUUCCUUUAGGUAUUAAUGGAAAUGGAGAAAUAGUAAGUACACAACCCAACAGCCUACAAUUAGCAGUUUUAGUACCUCAAAAUCUAAGUAACAAUAAUUUAUACAAUGUAUCAGUUAAUCCUCUUAACAAUAAUGAUAUAUUAGAGGGACGGAAAAUUAUAACUCCUCAAAAAUAUCGAACUCUUAGGACAAAAGAUGCAUUUACACAAACCGAGGCAGAUCUGUUAAGAUACAAAGUAGAUAAAAAUGUUGAAACAAUUGAUAUUGAGAGAGAUAUAGACAAAGACUAUCCUAAUAUCGAUGAAAACGCACCGCAGGACGGUGGCCGGGGCACUUUUAAGAAAGAUCGACGUCUACGAUCGGAAGAGAGGUACAAAAAAGAUAUAGAAAAUCGUCCCAAGUGGGGUGCUAAUAAACCAGUAGCACAAUAUAAAAAACAAAGUGAAAAAGAUCCUUUCUAUAGUCAGAAACGAAAAGUACGUCAAAAGCACCGGCCGCAAGCGAGACAAUACAUGUCACAGUCUAGUGACGACAGUCGGUCACCUAGCCCUCCUACUAGAUCUGACAAAAUAGCAGAAGGUAGUUUUAAGCAGCGUAACUCCUUAAGUCAAUCUUACUGGAGACAUAAAUUAUCAAAUUCGGAUAGUAGAAACAACAAUGCAGGAGGUCCGAGUACUGAUGUACCGGAAUUCUGUUCGUUAGAUCAAAUUACAGGAGAAAGAUUAGAGCAUAAUAAAUUACCGAAAAGGCUGACACUAUCACAAAAAUUUAUAAAUGAUAAGUAUGGUACAAGAAAGUUGUGGAUGGAUGACGUCAGCGAAAGAGGUUCCAAGUAUCUCGAAGUCGAAAAUCCUAAACGAAACGCCGAUAAAUUCAAUAUUUUCAAAAGAGAUAUAGUUAGUAACGAAGAACAAGACAAUUUUGUUAAACUGAAAUCUUAAGACUAAUA